AUGACGGAUGGCUUGUCCAUAUCCGAUGGAGGAAAAGGUCCGGUGGUCUUGGGUGUAACUUGGGCGGAAAUGGGAUUGGCUUUCGUUCUGAUUAUUCUUCGUGCUAAAACGGCCUCGGUUUGUCCAUCGCGACAGCUGUCGUCAGGUUUAUACGGUUUACGAUGGGAUUUUGUGUGGGUGAUUAUUGCCUUUACGGUUGCUCUAGCUGCCCAGACUACCAUGACUGUGAGCGUCCGUUACGGACUCGGCACUCACCAGACCCUGCUUGCACCCGACAGGAUUGUCCAAACAAACCUUUGGAGCUGGAUUGGUCAAGUCAUUGCCAUUCUGGAUUUAGUUAUUGCGCGCAUCGCAGUGAUCGCUUUCUUACUCACCAUACAAAACGGCACUAGAAGCAAGGGCAGGUACCUUCUUUACGCCGUGGGGGCAACGCAAGCCAUUAUCAAUGUGAUCGAGGUUGGCUUGAUCUUCAAGCAAUGCACCCCGACAGCAAAGCUAUGGAAUAAUAACCUACCAGGAACUUGCGAUGGGAUAGUGAUAUGUUCUCAGGUGGGAUUUGCUCAAGGGAGCAUUGGAGCCUUUUCUGACUUCUUCUUGGCCGGAUACCCGGUCUAUGUCAUUGGAAGGCUUCAGGUGAUGAAACUAUCGACAAAGAUCGGCCUUUGUCUAAUCAUGGGAGGUGGACUAAUAGCAGGAAUUGCUGGUAUCAACAAAACCAUCGCGAUCGCCUCAAUAACUAAAGUUGAAGACUUGACUUACGCCAUCUACAAACUAAAUACCUGGGUCUUGACCGAAAUGUGGUUCAUAAUUAUUUUCGGCUCCAUCCCAACGCUCCGUCUGUUCUUUAUCAAAUUCACCCAAGAUCUGAAGAGCGCCACUGGAUUUUCGUCGCGAAGCUCCGGAAAGCGAUCCAAUGGGGAGGGCUAUAUCAGCGAUAGAGAACCACGCCAGUCGUGGGUGGAAAUGAACGACCGAACACCAGGGUCGUGGAAUCCACAUGCCACCGCCAUUACCUGUGCGACCCAUGAUAGCGAUGAAGCUCAGCGGAGGGAAGAAACCGAGCAAAGUGACCAGCAAAUAUUGGUUACAAAGGACACAGUUGUCUCUGAGGAAUAUCAAGUGAAACAAUGA